AUUGCUCAUUAGAAUAAGUCAUCUAAUGUCAAUGAUUGAACGCUAACCGCAUCUUCAAAUAUUUUGAGUCCAUCUAGACUGCUUUGGUUAGUAACAAUUUAAGACACGAAUAUUUCUGCGCUUCUCCGGCAACCAAUAUGCCCGUCGAACUCAACAAAGCACUGCAACUGAGUGCUGAAGUGAACGUCCACGCCGUUUCGUGCCCCGGUGUAUGGCUGCCGGGUAAGGGGCGCUGUUCGUUGUCUCUUUGUCUCCUCGGCUUCCACACUCGGACUAACUUCCAAGCACCUGUAUUCCCGCUCCUCUUCCAUGAGAAGUUCCGCUUCCAGCGUACGUUUUUGGGCGUGCGUGCCCUCGGUGCGCUGGAGACGGCGCUGGAGCGGGAGACAGCGUACCUGGAACUCGUGCAGGAGGGAGAGGACGAGGCGGUGCUGGCGGUGUUCGAGUGCUCCGUGCGCGAGCUGCUCUUCCCUGCGACCAAGAGACGUCUCUCGUACUCUGGCAUGGACUUGGACCUCCUCAUGGAACCUACCAGGGACUUCCCGGGCAUCAUCUCGCCUAAAGUGGAGGUGUCAACCCGAUCAACGGUGAGCGAGACGAGAUCACCGAUGCACGACUGCGAGACCGACAACGUGAGCUUUGGGCACAGCAGCGACCGCGCUACAAGAGCAGUUUACAAGGCCGUGACUGCGGCAGACGACGCUGAGCUGCCAGCAGAUGCUCAAAUAGAUCAACAAAGAGGAGGAAAUUCCGAGUCUCGCGCCGCGCGUCGCCUACCCGCAGCGUCUGAUUCACCAGCUACCCCGAAGAGCGCUAGAACUGCAGGACUGACCAGCCGCCACCGGUCCAGGAGCGAAGGUAACUUGACGGACAUCCAGUACGGUCAACUUGCAAGCAGAUACGGGGGUUCUCGUCCCAAUUCCGGGACGCGCACGAACGCUCGCCUCGCUCGCCUCGAUGACGCGCACGACGCGACCAUCACUGUGCUGGACGAUGACGCGUGCCAGCACUGCGCCGGCGCCCACAGCGUGCUUUCUUGCACCACGUGCCGCGCGUACCGGCGACUCUACCCUGACUCUGCGCGGUCACCGCACCCGCGCCGCGUCCUGCGCCAGCCUCCCCAGCCCGGCACCGCGCGAGCACGGGUCAGGCGCCGCUACCUGGCUGAUGUUACUUAA